ACAUACUAUAAGAUCCAGAAAAUGUGCUCUUUAUUAUACGCAGCACUUGUCUUCCAAGUGGCCCGAUGUACGGACAUGUCUUUAUUUGAGACAAGAGCUCAUGACCCUGGAGAAACACUUACUCUCACCUGUCCACGUUCUGUCAAAACUACAGGGUCACCAACAUUUCAUUGGAUCAGAGUUGUUUCUGGAAGUUACCCAGAAUUUUUAGGAGGAACUUACUCAUUUGAAUAUGAAGGUGUUAACAAGACUCCUCACACCACGACAAAACAAGGAGAUGGAACGUUCGAUCUGAUCAUACAUCAGUUGUCUCUCACUGAUACUGGAUUUUACUACUGUGUGAAAGAACAAGAACUUAAGAUGGAAUUAGUAUUUGGAAUAUUUCUAAUAAUUAAGGACCCAGCUUCAAUCGUGAGAGUGGAGAGUCCAGAUCUGUCUGGUCCAGUGGACUCAGGAGACUCUGUGGAUCUUCAGUGUUGGGUCCAGAUGGAGAAUGCUCAGUGUUUUGAGGAGCACAUGGUUUGGUGGUUCAGGUCUGGACUGGACCAGUCUGGUCCUGGUUUAGUCUACACUCAGAGGAACAGCUCUGCUCAGUGUGACAGGAGCACAGAAGAUCCUGGUCCUCACAAAUGUCUCUACACUUUCUCCAAAACCAUGAGCCCCUCUGACGCAGGGACGUACCGCUGUGCUGUGGCAGCCUGUGGACACAUUCUCUUUGGGAAUGGAACUGAAGUCACAGUCAAAGUAGAGGAAACAUUGUCUUUAGAGAAUACCAUUCUUAUCUUGCUGAGUGUUGCUCUUACCAUAAGUAUUACGGUUAUACUAGUUCUCAUUUAUUUCAUCAAGAAGAGGACUGGACACUGUUUCCAUGUUGGACAAAAUCACAUUGAUGAAAGAGCCAGGGAUGAACAUACAAGACAGUUGGGAGAUGCUGAGGUGAUGUACUCUGCCCCUAAGUACAAGAGCAAAGCUGACAGGUCCCAGCGCAGAGCGGUGAAGACAGAGGAACAAGUGCUCUAUUCUGAUGUGAGAGUUAAACAUUAAAAUCAAGUCAUUAAGACUUUACCAAUGUCCUUCAGGAUAUUGAGCCAUUCUGUAUUAUUCCAGUAGUAUGUAGUAUGUAGUAGU